AUGACCGUCACUGUUCUGCCACCAGCUGUAUUCCCAACAGCUGGAACCGACCAGGAGAAAAUCAAACGCCUCAUCCCAAAAGAUCUCAACUUUUCUCUGCUCCCAAAGCUCUACGACUCGACGCAGCUCAAGAAGAACAUACUGGACCAAUGUCACAUCCCGAUAGAGCAAAUUGAAGAUGUUUAUCCAUGUACCAGUGCCCAAGAGGCCCUCGUGGCCUUGUCCAUGAGCAAUCCAAAUGCUUAUGUUGCGCGCUAUGUAUAUCGCUUAGCAACAGACACAGAGUCAACUCGGUUAGAAGCAGCAGUGAAGACCGUCGUCCUAGCUCAUACAAUCCUCCGUACCCGAGUCAUUCAAAGCGCUACUCAGGGCUCCCUCCAAGUCGUCGUCAACGCAGCUGUCCGCUUAGUGCAAGCGGAAGGACUUGACCAAUAUAUCCAGCGAGACAUACAGUCCCCCAUUACCCCAGGAGACCCUUUAUUACGCCUAGCCCUUGUUUAUGAGCCGGGUAUGAAAGAGACUUUCUUCGUUGUGACAAUUCACCACGCUUUGUACGAUGACUGGUCUUUGAAUCAAGUCCUACAUGAGAUUGAAGCAGCCUAUGCGGAACAGACCAUAGUUCCGCGACUUUUCUCUCACUUCACAUUAUAUGCAAAUCAAAAUGGACAAUCCCUGGCGUCCGAACAAUACUGGUCAAAUUUCCUCGAGGGAGCUCAGCCUUGCCGAUUUCCUCAGCUUCCUCACGACUCCUAUACACCGACAGGCCGUUCUUUAAUUGAGACUUCCGAGGAAAUUGCAGAUUUUCACUGGCCUGAAUCUGCUCAGACUGCGGCUGUUGAGCUGGCUUGGGCUCUCACCUUAUCUCGAUAUGUCUCUUCGUAUGACCUUACUUUUGGGGUUACCUUUACGGGACGCCGAGCUUCAUUGCCCGGGAUUGGCGCCAUGUCCGGCCCAACAAUUGCCACCGUGCCACGACGCAUUCGCCUCAACCCAACCGAGUCUGUUGAUGCUACUUUGGAUCGUCUAGAGCUAGAAGAGCGUCAUAUGACACCGUUCGAGCAACGUGGACUUUAUCAGAUUCGCCAAUUGGGUGGUGAUGCUGCUACAGCCUGUCAAUUCAACAAUCUACUCGUCAUCCAGGCCCCUCCUCAACAUAAAUAUACCAGAAUGGUUGAUGUGACGAACCAGCAAGAAAGCUUGGCCAAUCAUGCCACUUUCGGCACUUAUGCAUUGACCUGGGUCUGUGAUUUGCGGCCGGAUGGUGUGCGGUUGCAAGCAGUAUUUGAUGAUAAUGUUAUUCCUCCUCGUCAAAUGCAUCGUUUGAUGCGACAGUUCGUUCAUGUCCUGAAGACAAUUGUUUCCAAACGUCACCAAUUUCAGGUGGAACAAUUGCUUGGCUUAUGCCCUGAGGACAGAGCGGAACUUUAUGAAUGGAACAAUGUUGUCCCUGAAACAACCCAUCUGCUUCUUCCGGAACUAAUUGCACGAAACUGUGCCAGGAACCCGGAUAGUAUGGCUGUCUGUGCGUGGGAUGGUGUAUUCCGCCGAGGAGAAUUGCACAAAAUGGCCACCAGAGUUGCUCAACGUCUUCGCUAUCUUGGGGUCGGGUCGGAGACAUUUGUCCCCUUGCUCUUCAACAAGUCCAAAUGGACCUCUUUGGCUGUUCUUGCCACCUUAGAGGCUGGAGCUGCUUUUGUUCUGCUUGAUCCCUCUCUUCCUCUCCAUCGGCUACGCACCAUUUGCCGUCUGAUGAAAGCGACCUGUAUUAUCACUUCGUCUGACCUGGUAAGCACUUCGGUCAAGCUAGCUACCGCCGUCAUUGCGUUGGAAGAUGAAAGCCCAAUCCUAAGUGAAGACGCCCCGAGGGGAGCUUCUCUUGGUACCGUCGCAUCUCAUCACGCUUUGUAUGGAGUUUUCACCUCUGGAUCAACUGGAACACCCAAAGGUGUAGUGAUCGAGCAUGGCGCCUUCGCUACUAGCAUCAAGGCCUACUUGGAAAAAAUUCCUAUGGGCGAAGAUGUACGCGCCUUGCAAUUUGCCUCCUACAGCUUUGAUGUCAGCGUGUCGGACAUUCUUCUCAGCUUAGUAUCCGGAGCUUGCUUAUGUGUGCCAUCAGAGUCAGAACGCAAAGGCGCUUUGGAGGAUGCAGUGUCCAAAUACAAUGUGAACUGGGCAGAUCUCACACCAUCUUUGCUUCGGCGCUUUCGUCCAGAGCAAAUGCCUAGCCUACGGACGGUUAUUCUAGGCGGCGAGCCCUUGUCAGGAGCCCUUGUACGUACCUGGGCCCCGCACGUGCGGCUAUUGAACAUCUAUGGACCUGCUGAGUGCUGUGUGCUCUCGACGGUGCAAGACGACAUCCAUGAGAAGAUAGAUCCCCGUGACAUUGGCGUGGGUGUUGGUACCGUUUGUUGGGUCCUCGAUCCAGAUAGCCAUGAACGCUUGAUGCCCAUAGGUGCCGUCGGUGAACUCUAUCUUGAAGGGCCUACCGUUGGACGCGGCUAUCUAGAUGACAUGGAACGCACUGUCGCAACUUUCGUCAAGCCUCCCUCUUGGCUAAAGGAGAUACGAGAGGACCUCAGACAGGCCGCUCCUCAAAAUCGGAUCUACAAGACCGGGGAUCUGGUUCAGUACACCGCCGAGGGCUCACUUCUAUACGUUGGACGCAAGGACAAGCAGAUUAAGCUGCAUGGACAACGAAUUGAACUUGGAGAAGUUGAAUUCCAUGUUCAAAAUGCCUUUUCCAGUGCCUUUGAAGUUGUGGCCGAUGUGGUCGACUUGUCUGACGGCAAGAAACUGGUGGCCUUUGUUCAGAUGCCUGGCCCGGCCGAUGAUGACGCUAUGAUUGGAGAUAUCAUUCUUUCGCCUGUUGCAACUUGGCAACAAGACUUGGAUCAUGUCCAGCAGACCUUGCGGCAAUUUAUUCCAGAAUUCAUGAUACCAUCAACUUUCUUUUCUAUAGCCGAAAUCCCUGUUACACUUUCCGGAAAGAUUGAUCGAUCCCGACUUCAGGAAGCAGCCGCCGGAUUGUCCCGUGAACAGCUUCAGAAUUAUCGACCGGGCAAGCGCGGCCCCAAGCGCCCCGUUACCAGCGACAUGGGCCGCCGGAUACAAGCUCUCUGGGCCGAGGUACUUCGUUUGAACCCAGACGACAUUGGAGCCGACGAUGGAUUCUUUCAACUAGGGGGAGACUCAAUCACCGCCAUGACCCUCUCUGGAGCAGCCAGGAUGCAAGGGUUGAGUCUGUCUGCCUCCGAUCUAUUCCAGAACAAAGCCCUCGAAGAGAUAGCCGAGCAUGUUUAUUUCAACGGCGCUGGGAAGACACCAAGUCAAAAUACACUUAUUGACUGGGCAGCUGAAACAGCCCUCGCGCCCCGUCUUGAGGGACUCAACAUCUUCAAUGAUGACUCUCAGCGCCGUCCGGCUAUUGCAUUGACUGGCGGUACGGGCUUUCUGGGCAAUGAAUUGCUGCGCCAAUUAAUAUCAGACGAUCGAAUCGAUCGAAUUCAUUGCUUGGCUGUGCGCAAUCCCUCCAGGAUAAUUUCCAGCAAGAAGAUAACAACACAUUUGGGAGAUCUUUCUCAAUUAAGGCUUGGUUUAUCGCCUGAGACUGCCAAAGACGUUAUGCAAUCAUGUCGCGCCAUCAUCCAUUGCGGUGCUGAUGUCUCUUUUGCCAAAGAUUAUCGUCUACUCCAUGGGACGAACGUUCAGUCAACGCGAGAAAUCGCAGAGCUGGCCGUAUUCCACGGCGUGCCCAUUCAUUUUGUAUCCACUGCCGCGCUGGCACAUUUUACGGACGGAGGGAUUUCAAAUGGCUAUCUGGCUUGCAAAUGGGUCAGUGAGAUCACGCUGGAACGAGUGCACAUGAAGUAUCAAAUCCCCGUGACUAUCUAUCGCGCUUCUAGCAUUGUCGGAGCCAACGCUCCGGCAACAGACCUUACCAACGCAGUCUUGCAAUGGUGCCGGUUAAUGCAUUCCGUUCCAGAUUUAAGUCAUUGCCCAGGAUUUGUCGACUUGAUACGCGUCGAAACUGUGGCGGCCGAUAUUUUACACGUUGUUCUGGACCAACCGUCGUCGCUGCCAGGAAAGGUUUCGUAUGUCCACGAAUCCGGUGAGACUGUCUUCCCUGCUUCUCAGCUCAAAAGCCACAUUGAGAGUGAGGUGGGCGUGCCUGUUCACGAGGUAGCUCUUUCUGUUUGGCUAAAGGAAGCCCGUCAGCGGGGGAUGCUGGAUAUCCUAGCUCGCUUUUUGGAGACUCAGUCCUCAGACAGUGUGGACAUUGCACUUCCUCAGGUGCAAAGCCGUCGUUCCCGAGCGGCUUGA